AUGCAUUUCACAAGCUUUUCUCUGCUCGCGCUCGCCACAACCAGUCUCGCGGGGCCCGUCAAGCGCAGCGAGUCGUUCCAGGUGCAGCAUUUCUCUGCGGCUCUCUAUUCGAACAACACCCUUGGCACCCUAGCUUUUACCGUACAUGACCCGACGGCUCAUGUAGGCGAUGCCUGUUAUCUUUCCUGGAACCCAAGUGGAGAAAUCCAGCCGGGCAUAGAGAUGAACAAGUGCGCCCAUAAUAAAUUCCAGUUCGGUUUCCGCUACGGCCUGGGGAGUAUCGAGAACUUCACUUUGGAUUUGCAGCGUGUCAACUCGACCCAAAUUGCCUACCAGGUCGUCGCUGCCCAGGCCACAGACUCCAAGUGGAAGUGCACCCAGAAUCCAGAUGCGGCGACUAAGGAACGCUGCGAGUAUGUUGGGAUUCUGGAUAUCAACGUGUAG